AUAUGCAUAAGAACAAUGAUUUAUUACAAUCAGGCUAUCAACUUAACCGGAGAUUGGUGUUCUUGAUAUGUCGCUAUAAUUGAUGGCUGACCAUGUCACAUCUUCAUUUGUUCAAUUAAGGUAGGUAGCUACUUGCUGCGGUGCCAUGCUAAAUUACAUUAGUGGCUUCACGCAGACGAGUGCUUCCUUCCUCCAGUAAAGGAAGAUGGGAACGCAUUUCACGUCUGGAAAAUAACCUCGGAGCAGCACACCUGCUCCUGCUGAUGUCUGCUGCGAGGUGUUGAGGGUGAUGGAAAACAUAACAUGCCAUAACAAACAUCAUCAUCAUCAUCAUCAUCAUCAUCAUCAUCAUCAUCAUCAUCAUCGUCAUCAUCAUCAUCAUCAUAUUGAUUAUUUACAGCAUAACAGUCAGAUUAUUUUUAUUUUUCGGUAGUGCUGAGCUACAGACUCAAUCAUGCGUUGUAGAUCAAUAAAUGUCACACGUCAGGAUAUAAUAGGAAGCCAUAUUAACUGGUGUUCAUUAUUGCGAUUUGUAGCACCUCUUUUCUCUUUUGACCCCCCCUUGUUGUCUCUCUGUCUCCCUCUGAUUCUUCCCCUGGCGCCAGUCAGUUUGCUCAGAGAUUACAGUGUCAGGUCAAAACUGCGAAGUGUCAUUAAUGCAUGUUGACCAGACUUUGAGGACUUGAGGUUUGGAUAUUGUCUCCAAACUGCAUUAAGUCGAAUUAAAACUAAGAAACGUAAAUGUAACUAAGAAAUGUGAGCAUAAAUUAGUUUUCUGCUCUUUCCAUAUUAAAUCAGGAAAACUGCAGCUGCUUGGAAAAGAGAAUCUACAUGUCCUCUCUGGCUGAUCAUGAAUGCUAGGUAGUGAAAUACUCACAGGUUGGAGCCCUACUGCCGUUCCCUUUCAGCAUUUUGUCAUUUUGAGCUUAUUUGGUCUUGUCCCUCUCUGCUGGGGCAAAAUGAUGCUUAAGAAGCAUAAAUAAGCUGGUCAUACAACUUCAUUGUGCCUCUUUGAUGAUACUCGGUGGCCCUUAUGUCUGUUCAAAGUGCUCUCAAAGUUUCUAGAAAGAGUGGAAUUCCCUACUGACGCAAAAUAGUCAUAUGUGGUCAGAUCAGCUGAUGUGCAGAACAUAAUGGGUGAUUCUCACCUGUAUAUAGUUGUCAGAAAGGACAGAAUCAUAAAUAUGCGGCGUCGUUUUAUUCAUGUUUACGACUUCAUAUAAAGCAAAGUGUAUUUUUAUGAACUAUUCCCCCCUAAAAUGUCAAUGACUAUUGUUUGCUGGUUUAGGAGUUUUGCUCCGCCCCCUGUGUUUGUCGUAAACCUGGCUCCUGGCUCCAAUAAACCCGGGCUAAGAGCGCCCUGGGCUCGCCUCCUUCUCCAAGGCGAUCAAUAGGAUCUCAGGCGCACUACAAGCACUCUCUUACGUAGACAUCCACCAAGGAGAGAGCCGAUACAACAACACGGUUGAUCUGCUCAAACACAAAAAUCUACCUGCUUUCUGAAUCAUGUCGUUGAGCCCAAAGCACACAACGCCUUUUUCAGUGACAGAUAUUUUGAGUCCAAUCGAGGAGACCUACAAGAAGUUUAGUGGCAUGGACGGCGCAGGAAACCUAACCUCUCCACUGGGAGCCUACCGACAGCCUCAGGUGUCUCAGACCGGCAUGCAACAACACUCCAUGGGCCAUAACGCCACCGUGGCCACCACUUACCACAUGCCGCACACCGUCUCCCAGUUCUCCCACAGCGCAAUGGGGGGAUACUGCAAUGGAAGCAUUGGCAACAUGGGAGACCUCCCGUCGUACCAGGAAAGCAUGCGGAAUAGUGCAGCAACAGGGUGGUACAGCGCCAACCCUGAUCCCAGAUACUCCACAAUUUCUAGAUUCAUGGGACCUUCCACAGGUAUGAACAUGACCGGCAUGGGCAGUCUCACAGGAAUGGCGGACGCCACCAAAUCCAUGCCAGCUCUCCACGCUGCGCCGAGGAGGAAACGGCGCGUCCUGUUCUCGCAGGCUCAGGUCUACGAGCUGGAGAGGAGGUUUAAGCAGCAGAAAUACCUGUCGGCGCCUGAGAGGGAGCACCUGGCCAGUAUGAUCCACCUGACGCCGACUCAGGUGAAGAUCUGGUUUCAGAAUCACCGGUACAAGAUGAAGCGCCAAGCCAAGGACAAGGCAGCGCAGCAGCUGCAGCAGCAGCAGCAACAGGACGGUAACCUGUGCCAACAGCAGGCGCAGUCCCCGAGGCGCGUAGCCGUGCCAGUUCUGGUGAAGGACGGUAAACCGUGCCAGAACGGCUCCAACACGCCGACGCCGAACCAGCAACAGGUACAACAGAGCCAACAACAAAGCCAACAACAGAACGGAGCAGGAGUCGUGCUCGCAUCCUCGACCAGCAGCCUCACCCAGCAUCAAAGCCAGCAGCAGGUGAACGCUUUGGAGCUGGAGGAGAUGUCGCCCAGCCCCCCCUCACUGCACAGCCAGCUCAACAUGGCCCAGAUAGACACAUCAGCUGUAGAUUACACCAGUAACAUGGUCAGCUCAAACCUCCUCUACGGCCGAACGUGGUAGGACCUAAUACAGUACUGUCACUUUCCACUUUUUCUAUGUGAACCUGCGGAUGAGCCCAUGCAAGAGCAAUAUAUAUAUAUCUAUAUAUGUAUCUAUAUAUAUGGAUAUAUAUAUCUAUAUAUAUGUUGUGUGAAGGCUGAAAAUGGGGGCCCUUUGGUGCUGGAGGGGACAAGGCGCACCAGCUGAUCAGGGCACAUUUUCUUGACAUCUCUGAGAGGAGAGUCUAUUUUUGAACAUUACAGAAAUGGCUGCCCUUGAAAGCAAUUAUGUCGUUUCUGGACCUUUUGUAAUCCAUGUUUUGGACCUUCCUCAUGAUGUUUUAAACGUAGUCUAUGUUGUUGAAACAAAAGGAAUGCUGCUUCACUUGAGUUUGGACUGGGGGGAAAGGUGGGAUCAGGUUUGAAGUACACUAAACCACCACUCCUUCUUUGCGGUGAUAACCUGGUAUUUUAUCAUAUUAAUAUUGUAAACUAAUGUAUUCAUUUAGACUUAUUGAAUAAAGUAGGGACUUGUAUAUUUGGCUAACACACAAGAAUGCGUUUAACUGUGUAAUAAUCGUUAUUGCGUCCACUUUUAUGUUUUCUUUAUUCUUUUGUAAGUUAAAAAGGAACAAAUGCGUGAUGGCUGCUGUAUAUGUUUCAAAACCAAGUGAACGUUAACAAUAAAUAACUUGACGUGUGA